AGAUAAUGAUAUUAUCAGUCUUAACUUCCGCUACCGCAAUGCCGGAAAUAAAAAUAUACUUUUCGCGAUUGAGAUUUCCAAGGAUAAAAAGUCUCUGAUCUUGAAGAAGAAGUAAAAAAGAAGCUGGGGCCAAUCGAUCGUAAUGACUUCCUCCGUCAAAUUUAUCCUAAGGAGAAGCCUAUGCGAAUAGAAGAUAGGAUUUUUUCCUAUUUUAACGAGACGCCUGAUGAUGAACGACCUGGUUGAGAACUGGGAUACGGAAGCCCUUAUCGAUUUUUUGAAAGAGCAAAACCUCAAGCUCGACGACGAUGACUUGGGAAUACUUCGCAACGAAAAGAUUACUGGCCAAGACUUUCUUGACAUGACCGAAGAAAAAUUUCGUAGUUAUGGUUUAAAAGGUGGCCCUGCCAUAAGACUUGCAAAAGAGGUCCAGACCCUCAAAGAAAAGCCGAAGCGUGCGUUCUCCUCGUACCUUAGCUUAAGUGAAGUGUUGGCGGAAUAUGGGUACGACUCUGAUGGAAUAGAUUCCAUACCGCUCUUCUCCCUUCCCACUUACGAAAUUCAGGAUGAAAAUAAGAUCUUUAAGCGUUGCAUGGAAGAGGUUUUGGGCAGGUUGCGCACAUAUGGAACUUUACAACCUGACAGCUUGGAGGCAAUGCGUAAUGAGUACGUUGUGGCCCUCCUACAUGCUGGCAUCCAUAUCGUCAUGGAUAUAACAAACAAGGACCUUAGCAUGAAACCUCAGUAUGGAAUAAUUGGUGAAGAAAGUCGGGGCGGGUCGAUUAUGCAAUAAAGGAAGCUGAAGACCUUAUCUGUAUUACAGAGGAUAAACAGCACAAGGUCCCCCUAGGCUUCGCACAAAAUAUCAAACAGCUUCAGAGCGCAUGUGAGACGAACAAGAGGAAGAGAAAGCGGGGUGAAGAGGAUUUCGAUUACCUCUAUGGUAUCGUCACAACAGGUCUGGACUGGCACUUCCUUCUAUAUAGUCCUGGAAAAAUAUCCAAGGCAAGUGAUACUGCAUACUUGAUCGAAUUUUCUAGGAAGGCCUUGGAACCAAACUCAAAGUCAUACCAAUCAUUAUGUGAUAGCGUGAAAGAGGUUUUGGGCAUAAUUGUGGGUUUGUUAAUGGAUAGGGCGUGUGUGGAGGAUGAGCCGGAAAGAAAGAGGGUUAGGAUAGAGGGGUAUCGUUCGAAAAAAUAAUCAU